GACCUGGACGCCACCACAUCAAUACUUCUUAGGGAGAGAAGUGGAGUCACACUGGAGGCAUUAUUUGGGCGAUGACGCCUCCAACAUAAUAACCAGUGGUGCAAGAACAGGCCAACAGGAAGAUAUCGUGCUCUGUGCAAACCUGACAGGAGUGUGGUACAACCAGCACGGAUCUGAGAUGAUUAUAUGUCACGGAGUCGACGGUAGCUUGGUGGGAAAAUACCUUACCGAAGUGGAAGUCGAAAGUGGAGCAGCGGGAACCGGCUACUCUUUGAUAUACGGCGCCGCGGCGGCCGUAGGGAACCACGUCGGAGCGUUUGGCUUCACCGUCGUGUGGAGCAACGGCGAGUCGGCGACAACCUGGAGCGGUCAAUGUGUCCACUGUAGCGGAUGCAUUGGCAGCAGCGCUCUCGCCAACAACGACACCUUGGCCAAUGAGUACAUGGUCACCACGUGGCUGCUAACCAGCAUGACGACGCCGGAAAAUCUGUGGAGCGCAACUAGAAUCGGGCAUAAUUUCUACAUUCGAUUAACGAGUCAGAACAAGCCCAUACCAAACCUCGGUCAACACACGCCACCAAGACGCGACGGAGCGCAGGAACGCAUACCGUUCAUAGUGCUUUUGUGUGCUUUUGCUAUCCUAACAUUAUUCACCAGUAGACAAUUCAGUACGUAAUUUCAAUAAGCAACUGUGUAUGUGAUAAUAUUGGUCGAUGACAACCUACAACCAGCGCACAAAGGUUCCAAAUUGUGUUUUUUCUGUUACGAUAUUAAUAUUCCAUUCAAUAAUAAACUCUGGACAUAUGUUAAUACAUUAAUCGAAAAUCUGUAACUUUCGCAUAAAUGUACGAGAAAAGUGUUUUAUGAAAUACUAUUUUAACGUCACAAUUCGAUAAUUUAUACAUCAGUUCUCAUUACUC